CCGGAAGCGGGUGCCGAGGACCGAAGAACGGGGAGAUGGAGGCACCCGCGGUGCUGCUGGUGAUGGGUGUGAGCGGCUCCGGGAAGCUGAGCAGCCAGGAACAAACAAGUGGCCUCCUACAACAGGGCAGAAAUGGAGACAUCUCUGUUCUUUCCGCAGAUCUACCGUGGGCAAACUGCUGGCCUCCAAGGUAAUGUCCCUCAUCCACUGUUUCCUCCCUUUCUUAUGAACUAUGGUUUGAUGCCUUUGCAUGGCAAUCCAGGAUUCUUCUUGGUAAUGCUGGGAUGGAAAUUCUACGAUGCUGAUGAUUACCACUCCGAAGAGAAUCGGAUGAAGAUGGGGAGAGGGGUACCACUGAGCGACCAGGACAGGAUUCCAUGGCUCUGCAGCUUGCACGACAUAUUAGUAAGGCUGGUGGAUGACUGUGAGUUCGAGGACAGCCAGAGAUACAUGGUAAGGCCCUGUAUAAUAAUAAUCUCGUUCAUUACUAUGGUUAAACCAAACUUGAAAUCCAAGAUUUGGGUAUUUUUUUCCUCUUUAGUCUUUUCAUACACAGGAUCUCACUGUAUAUCCAGACUGGCCUCAAACUUUGGAUCUCCCCCAUUUACAGACAUGCACAACCCCACUUGGCUUGAGAUUAGAAAUCCUGAACAGACAGAUCCAGCCACCAUUUGCCUGACUAUUUGUUAUCUGGUAACUUUGGUUUAGAGUUUCAGUUUCACCCCCUCUACUCUUCACUCCAAUUGUUCUCAAGAACUUGGUGUAAGACCCACCUCUGCCUGCACUGUCUUCUCUUGGCCCUUCUGCUCUGCUGCCUCACACGGGUCAGACCUGCUCAGAGCUGAGAGCAUCUAACCUGCUGGUCGGCUCGCUGUCAACACUGUACUUGCAGGACAGGGUGGCCCAUGCCUAUGAUGAUAAUACUCGGGAGCCUUAUUCAGGAGGAGGGCCGGGUUCAUUCAGUCUGGGUACACACACACAUAUAUGCAUUUCAGAAUAGCCGGUCUACAGAGUGAGACCCUCCUGUACAAACCGCUGUUAUGCCCCCCUAAAGAAAUACCCAACUUCUCAUAAAAUUCAGGAUAAAUCACGUCAAAUAGGCUUUACAUUAAGAUGUGUUGAGAAAAAAAAGACAUCUUUCUACAAAAGAGGCAAGACAAACCAGUGUAAAAGCUGGAAAUUUAUUGUUAUUUUGUGAUUAAUAAAUCAAGCUGGUAUGACACUGCCCCUCGUGUGGUGCCAUUCACCAGUACAGAAGUCUUUAAACCAGAUAGACCGAGGCAUAAGGCAGAGAGCAGAGACAUGAACACUGUCCUUGCCAGCCUCUUCCAGUCCCACCUCCACCCUGCCCUCUGUACACGCUUUCUGCUUGGGGAAAGUGUCAAACAGUGCGCAGUCUGGGGCAACCUGGUCUCUCAACCUUUUAAUAGCAAGCAACUUAUACAAGUUAUGAAAUUCAUCUUCUCUUUCCCUUGAUUUUAUUCAUCUGAACUCAUCUGAGAUUAUUUGAACAUUAUAAUUUUGGAUAACUGUACAAGAGAAUACAAUGACCUAAGAGAAUACUGAACCAGAGCCAGCUGCAUAUAUCACUGACCCUAAAGCUGUAUUUUAAUUGGUCCCGAAGGAAUGUAUCACCUCAACAGUGUGAGAGUUAGGCAAACAGAACUUCUUUGGGGAGGAAGAAAGAGGCUAUAGGACAGCCAAACUUACUCAAAACUGUUAAAACGGCUCUUUGUUUUCCACCAGACUGACACUACUAUAUGCAUAGAAUCUUCACAGAAUCUUGGCUGCCAGUAUUACUUAAUUCAGACUGGCCCAAUCCAGAAUAGAUUCUGUCUCACCCCUCCCCCACCCCCUUCUCCGAGGCCCUGAACAGCACGACAUUCAACUAUUUCAUAAUAGAACUAGGCAAACACUUCAGAAACAAGUGGCUCACUAAUCAUUUUAAAUCCAGGUACUGCCUAUGAAUGAGAAAG